GGAGCGGUCAAAGACGUCACGACCAACAGACCCCAGACCAGUUAGUAAACAGUUUUCAAGCUACGGUUUGGUUUAAAGAUUCAGACUCGAUAUGUUCUGGGGUUGACACAGUAAACACAGACACGCUGUUACCGUGAACAAAACUACAAUGUGCGCACGCAGCCACAUUUCCUCCCCGGUUGAUGACGACACUGUCUCAUCCCGUGACAGACUGCAGCGCGGGAAAACACAGCAGCGUCCAUGUGAGGGGGAAGUCGGUUUUUUCUAAGUAAAAUAUUGUAGUUAGACAAACAAAUAUGGAUCCCUCGGAGGUAGAGUUCCUCGCCGAGAAAGAAGUAGUGAAGAUAAUACCAAACUUCAGUCUAGACAAGGUCUAUUUGAUUGGGGGCGACCUGGGUCCCUUCAACCCCGGACUGCCCGUAGAUGUCCCCGUGUGGCUGGCUCUGAACCUGAAACAGAGACAGAAAUGUCGGAUUGUUCCUCCUGCAUGGAUGGAUGUUGACAAACUGGAGGAGAUGAGAGACCUUGAGAGGAAAGAGGAUGCCUUUACACCAGUUCCCAGUCCUUACUACAUGGAGCUGACCAAACUUCUGCUGAACUAUGCGUCUGACAACAUCCCUAAAGCAGAUGAGAUCCGUACGUUGGUCAAAGAUAUCUGGGACACGCGUGUUGCCAAACUCCGCCUCUCCGCCGACAGCUUCAUCAGUCAGAUGGAGGCUCACGCCAAGCUGGACAACCUAACUCUGAUGGAGAUCAACACCAUACGAUCAUUUCUUCUUGACUCUCUCAACUGCAUGUACAAGCUACGGUCCAAUCUGCAGCCUGGUUCAAGUAAGGGACAGUUCACAGACUACUGAUCCACAAGAAUUUGGACAGACUGGGCUUUGGACUUCCUCACCAGGCCCUUUGUAUCCCAAAAGACUUUUCUCAGAGACUGAAUCCAUGAGUUAUGUAAAUUGAUGAUUGAAGCUAACAUGAGUUUUAGUCAGCCUUUUUAAGGGGUUGUUAUUUUUGAGGGAGAUGUGUACAUGGUGAAAGCUGUAUAUGUAUUUGCUGUUUGAAAUGUGUGUAUAUUUAAUUAGAUAGGAUACUCACUGUAGUUUAAAACUGCCAUUCUUUUUGUACAUGUCAAUAAAUGACAAAAAUAAAUAUUUGUGUGUACGUCUAGGGUAUAUAGUAA